AUGCUCCCAAGGCUGUACAGAAUCCACGCCAGAACUGGACCACAGCCAGCCUGCAUGGAGUGCAAGCAGAAGGAUUUAGAUAUGUCUGAACAUGUCCUGUCUCCACUAUUCAAGAUUGAAAAGUGGCAGAUUGCACUUUGUAACAAGAGCAAACCUCAGAAGUUUAUAAAUGACUUGAUGCAAGCACUUUAUACACACGAAUACAUGGCUACACACAGCCUGACAGGUGCAAAGUCCUCCUCUUCAAAGGAUAAAGCAGCAAAACCAGCUAUGAAUCAGAAUGAAGUUCAGGAGAUCAUAGGAAUCACAAAACAGUUGUUUCCAAACACGGAUGAUGCUUUAAUUAGGCGAAUGAUGGGACAAAAACUGAACAAUUGCACCAAGAAGCCAAUUUUAAGCAAAGAUCUUAACUCAGGUGCUUUUCAGAAGCAUAGCUUUUGUGGUUCAACAGCUGCUCCUCAGGGCAUCAUCUCUUCUGCUGUUCCUCCCAGCACACAAGACCAGCAGGAUGAUGAUUCAACAGCUGCUAAUGCACAAAUUCGGCAAAGCAACAGCUGUCUGUCUCCUCCACCUCCCACCACACAAGGUCAGCAGGAGUGCUUCAAACCCACUUCUUCUAAGGUGCAGUCUCAUCUCACCAGAAGCUCACCAGCGCCCUCUCCCAACCAGGGUUGCACACAGGAUCUCAGGAAUUCAGACAAAGAGUAA